AUGAGCGAAAUCACACCUCGGCGUUCCAGCAAAGUUUCAGAGCACGAGACGGACGCGUUUGGAGUGGUGCACAACGACGUGUCGUCCGACUCGUCGACCGGCUUCGACCCCCUGAUCGACCACAGACGCCACUCGUUGGCCGCCGACUUGUCAAAGUCGCAGCGCCCGCGCAAAAGGGGUUUCAGUCUUAGUGCUCCUGUGGUGGCGUCGGAUAGACCGAAAAACCGGCUCAGCACGGUGGUGGCUGCUGGCCACCCGUUUUCGCCAGGUUCAAAAGACAGGUACGGCUCGAGAGACGAGAUAGGCGAGUCCAAGUUCAGGAGGUUCAAGAGCUAUAACAACGCCCUCAAGCAGAACAAGUCCAUUUCGGAGGGAAUACAGUACAAGACGGAAAACCCGUUCGAGUCGACGCUGAAAGACCAGUCCGCGAAAGGCGUGCUCCAAGAUCUGCCCGAACAUGACCCUUACAACUCGAAUGACGACGACGAGCGCUCAAACUCCGUCUACGGCUCGUCGAACCCGUCUUCCAGACGCUCGUCGAACGCGUCGUCUCUGGACGAUGUUUGUGUUCCCGUGGAAAGCUUCGACGAAGCCGGAAAACGCAAGAUGUGGCCAGACAUCUCUGUGCUACAGGAGUUCGUGGACGAGGAAUUGCAGGAGUUUAAGAAAAUUAGCGAGGCCUCUACCUCGCUCUCCAGACAGUCGUCACCGGCGCAAGGCGAGGAGAGGAUCAACUUCGAGUAUCCGCUGGUCUCCAACAUCGAGCCGGGCGAAUCUGAGCCGUUGCUGGUGCAGGACGAAAACGAACAGGAAGCCCUCAACGGUCGUCUCCGGCCGCGGCGAGUUGUUCCCUGGAGCAACAAUCGGAAAGCUCUGAACGAUUUGCCCGAGCUGCGGCAGCCAAAAAGUCUCCGGUUCACGUAUUUCAGAGAAGACCUCGAGAACACUAUUCAUGCCUCUAAUAUUUCAGGGCUGGUGCAAAAAUACACUCUUUCGGAGUUAUUUUCUCCUUCGACCCAAGAGCAUAACCCACAGCCUAAUGUGCCACAUCCCAACAUGACGUCUGUCCAAUCGUCGCAGAACAGUCUGAAGCCCAAGGUCACAGGAACAAGCACACCCACGCCCUCGGUAGCAGCGGACAGCUCUUCGGCAGCAGACGUGCCUCCCUUCUGGCUUGACGUUCUCAACCCAACAGAGGAGGAGAUGAAGGUUCUGUCCAAGGCGUUCAGCAUCCAUCCGUUGACUACAGAGGACAUUUUCAUGGGCGAAACCAGGGAGAAGGUGGAACUCUUCAGAGACUACUAUUUGGUGUGUUUCACUUCCUUCGACGUUGUUCUUGAGCAUCAGAACCGCAAAAAAGCGUUGGAGAGAGCGAUGAACUCAACCGCGUUUUCUGACGACGAAAGCGUCAACAGCAAGCACCGCAAGAAAGCGUGGUAUCGCCAUAUCAUGAGCCGUCUGUUAAAGAGCAAGUCGGCUUCCAGCGACAUUGACCAUCAACGGGCACCCUCAAUGGUCUCCAAAAGAAGAGACGGCGACAAGCGGAAGAAGAACGGCGAGCUCGAGCCGCUUAAUAUGUACAUCAUUGUGUUCAGAGACGGUGUGAUCACGUUCCACCAAAAACCAACUCCACAUCCGGCAAACGUUCGGCGCAGAGUCCGUUUGCUCAAGGACUAUCUCUCUGUCACUUCAGACUGGAUAGGAUACGCUCUCAUUGACGACAUCACCGAUGCAUACGCCCCUCUGAUAGAGAGCAUUGAAGAUGAGGUCAAUGCGAUUGAGGACGCCAUUUUGAGGAUGCAGAGUGGAAUUGACUCUGACGACGAGUCUUCUGGCUCUGAAGACGAGGAUGAUGACAAAAUCUGGCUCAAGCUCAAAAGACGAACGUCAACCGUGAACGACAAAGCGUCCAUAAAUUCAUGGAGCUCAAAGUCUUCGCGGUCGACGUCGUCGUCUCAGGAUACAAAGAUUUUGAGCUGGAAACGCAAGGGAGAUAUGCUUCGCCGAAUUGGAGACUGCCGUCGAAGAGUUAUGUCGUUGCUGCGACUUUUAGGAUUCAAGGCCGAUGUUAUCAAGGGCUUUUCCAAGAGGUGCAACGAGCAAUGGGAGGUAGCUCCUCGGUCUGAAAUUGGAAUGUAUUUGGGAGACAUCCAGGACCACAUCGUUACAAUGGUGCAGAGUUUGAACCAUUACGAAAAACUGCUGGCCCGGUCUCACUCUAACUACCUCGCCCAGAUCAACAUAGACAUGACCAAGGUCAACAACGACAUGAACGACAUUCUUGGCAAAAUCACCAUCCUUGGUUCCAUUGUGCUGCCUUUGAACGUCGUCACCGGUCUCUGGGGAAUGAACUGUCUUGUUCCUGGCCAAGACUCUCCUGGCCUGACGUGGUUCUACAGCAUCUGCGGCAGCAUGUUUGUUUUUGCUGUCACAGCGUAUCUCUACGCAAGAAAAGUCAGUGGCAUAGUCUAA